AUGCUGGGAAACAUUGACCAUCACCUGGAGUUUCCCACAUUAACCCUGACUGAGCUAUCCAUGCAGACCUGGCAGCACUCUGUCUCCAGACUCUAUUCAGCUUCCCUGGUUGCCAGGAUACGUGAGCGGCGCCUUCUUGCCGCUCUCAUUGGAGAGCCCGUCGUCCAUGGCAACUGUCCGUCAAGUGACCUGCAAGGAGAGAAAAGCUGUUCAACUGUCAAUGCCAAUCGCCCCGAGGACUUGGCGGGUGCUGGCCUGGUGGCGGCAAAUAAGCGCGCGCCUCCUGUGCGAGCGCUCAGACUAACGGCUGCGGCGGCGCGAGCCCUGGCAGUUGGUACGCCCCCCUCACCAUGUUAUCUCGCACUCUGA